AUGGCUUCAACAUUUUCUCCAACAGUUUUUGAAAAUUUUGCUUGUGAAACGACCAACAGUACAGAUAAUGCUAAUAGCACUGUUCCAGCUUGUAAUUUAACGAUGGAUCCUUUGAACAUGACCAUGAUGUUACCAGAACCCUCAUACUAUCCAGCUUACUACAGAAUUGUUGGAACCACAUUUCAAGGAUUAAUCUUCCUGAUUGGCGUGCUAGGUAACAUUAUGGUGGUAAUAGUUGUAACCAAAACUCGAAGCAUGCUCACCCCUACUAACUGUUAUCUUGUCAGUUUGUCCCUAGCUGAUCUUAUGGUCCUGAUGGCUUCUGUACCUAACGAGGUCUUAUCUUAUUACUUACUAGGAGACGAGUGGAUCUGGGGUCGAGCUGGGUGUGUUAUCUUUAUAUUUCUUCAGUAUCUAGGGAUCAAUGCUUCGUCCCUGUCUAUCACAGCUUUCACGGUGGAACGGUACAUCGCCAUCUGCCAUCCUAUGAAGGCCCAGAUGGUUUGUACUGUCAAUAGAGCCAAAAAGAUCAUCAUCGGGGUUUGGGUGUUUGCCUGUCUCUACUGUUCCCCUUGGCUUUUUCUCACGAAGACUGUACCCAUCUAUUAUAAAGGACACGAGAACAAGGAGACCUGCACCUUUGCUCUAUCCAGAGAACAUUACUUGGGUUAUUUCUUCGCUGAUCUGGUGCUCUUCUACAUUUUCCCAUUGUUAUUGUCCUGUGCACUCUACGGACUGAUAGCGAAGAUCCUUUUCACCAGUGAGAUUCCCAGAAACGUAACCAAAGGAGGCAACCCUCCAAGAGAUUCUGGGAAGAGUAGCAAUACAAGUGCCAGAGUUCAGGUAGUAAAAAUGUUAGCUGUUGUUGUAGCUGUCUUCGCGACUCUGUGGUUACCUUAUCGAGCUCUCGUUGUCUACAACUCUUUCGCUAAACAUCGCUAUAUGGAACCCUGGUUUCUGAUGUUCUGUAAGACCAUGAUUUUCAUCAACAGCGCUAUCAACCCGAUCCUGUAUAACGCCAUGUCUGUCAAGUUUCGCCGGGCCUUCAAACGGACCUUAUCUUGUCGUCAGAAGCAACACUGUCGUCGUGGACCGUACUGUAGUGAUGUAGAAACGACCAGAUACCUUCCAAGUACCUUAAACACAGCAACAACAAGGGCAGCAUCUUGCAGGAUAGAAAAACUACAACAAAUUUAAACUAAAAUUUGCUAUUCGAAAAUAUACAUUUCUGGUAGGAUCAUAUCAUUACGUAAUCGCAACAGUAACAAGGACAGCAUUUUACACAAUAUUAAAACUAAAAGAAAUUGAAAUUAAAAUAAGAAAAUGAGAAAUUUCCAGUAAAACAAUUAUCAUCCAAUUUAACUAACAGUAUCAACAAUAAGAACAGCGUUUAGCAAAAUACAAAACUACAGAGUCUAAACCAAGAUUAGCUGUGUCAUAAGAGACAUUUAUAAUAGCAUUAUCAAUAAACAGUAUAUCUAACUAACAGUAUCAACAAUAAGAACAGCGUUUAGCAAGAUACAAAACUACAGAGUCUAAGCCAAGAUUAGCUGUUAUCAAUAAACAGUAUAUCUAACUAACAGUAUCAACAAUAAGAACAGCGUUUAGCAAGAUACAAAACUACAGAGUCUAAACCAAUAUUAUCCGUAUCAAAAUUUCUAGUAAUGUAAUAAUUUGUUAUUUCCCUCCAGCAGGAUUUGACCCAGCAACUGACUGCACUAUAAGUUUGUGCUUUAUCAGUUAAACUUUAGUUACACCAUUCAUAAGGCUUUUACUUAACUACUUAAACUACCACGUUUUUCUUUUCUCACAAACAAAACCCAUCUUUGGGUUUCGUAUCAGGGUCGUAGAGUGGUCCCAUAUUGGGUGCCAGCUUUUUGUGGUAAUUUAAACUUUUAGGUCACUUGUGUGCAGGA